AUGCCCAUGGUAUGUUUGUCAGACUUUGAAGCUUAUGCUAAGAAGCAUCUGCCCAAGACCACUUGGGACUUUUUUGCAGCUGGAGCUGAUGAGUGUUGCACCCGAGAUGACAACCUCCUGGCAUAUAAAAGAAUCCACUUCCGGCCACGCAUGUUGCGGGGUAUGUCUGUGAUAGACACUAGGACUACGCUUCUAGGUACUGAAAUCAGCUUCCCUGUAGGGAUUGCUCCCACUGGGUUCCACCGGCUGGCUUGGCCUGAUGGAGAGAAGAGUACAGCAAGAGCUGCUGAAGCCAUGAAAACCUGUUACAUCACCAGCACAUACUCCACCUGCACCGUGGAGGAGAUUGCUGCAGCCGCACCCAAUGGCUUCCGAUGGUUCCAGCUGUACAUUCAUCGCAACAGGGCACUCUCGGAGGGGCUGGUCCGACGUGUAGAGGCCGCGGGUUUUCAAGGCCUGGUGCUCACUGCCGAUCUUCCCUACACUGGGAAGAGACGAGAUGACAUCCGCAACAGCUUCCAGCUCCCACCACACAUGACAGUGAAGAACUUUGAAGGACAAAAGAAGCCCAAUGGCCUUUAUGGCCUCCCGCCUAACUCCAUAGACCCUUCUAUAAACUGGAAUGACAUCUAUUGGCUGCAGAGCCUGACUCGCUUGCCUAUCAUUGUCAAGGGAAUUUUGACUAAGGAAGAUGCAGAUCUGGCAGUGAGACAUGGAGUUCAGGGGAUUAUUGUAUCCAACCAUGGUGGAAGACAGCUGGAUGGAGGACCCGCCACUAUUGAUGCUCUGAUUGAAAUUGUAGAUGCAGUGCAAGAGAGAGCUGAAGUUUAUUUGGAUGGUGGAAUACGAACAGGAAGUGAUGUAUUAAAGGCACUGGCACUCGGAGCAAAAUGUGUCUUCCUUGGAAGGCCAGCUUUAUGGGGUCUGACCUACAAGGGCGAAGAAGGGCUUCGAGAAGUUUUGCAGAUUUUACAUGAUGAAUUUCGUUUGUCAAUGGCCCUGGCUGGCUGUCACAAUAUCUCAGGAAUCGACCGAAACCUGGUUCAGUUCUCCAAGUUGUAA